ACUCGAAUUUCUAUGAGCAUCAUAAUCGACGCGACAUACUCGUCCACAGAAGAGCCAUUCCGAAUGUUUGGGGUUGCAUACUUAUCAGACGCCUCGAGCUUCGAAUCCUCGACUUAACUGCAUUCCCAAUUGACUCGCGGAAGGUGCGCAGUACCGUCGCAUCGCACCAUCCUGGUCUUGGCCGUUGGGAAAGCCUCGAACCAACAACUUAGCCAAGCACAACCCAUUUGAAAUACUUCGAAUCCUCUUAGUAUAUCCGAUAUAACUGUUUUGCCUGGUUUCACCUGCCUCCAAAAUGGGUAGGAAACCCAACCAGCUUAUCCUUGAAUUUUUCGAACGCGGCCAAAAACUCGAGGACUCGAGCAAUCGAUACCAGCACACUUGCCGAGCAUGCGGCGAAAAGUUCCCCAAGGGACGAAUCGACAGCCUCACUACGCAUCUUGUUAAAAAAUGCCCUGCUAUUUCUCUCCGGGAUAGGCAGAAGGCUCUGCUCCAGCUCAACGAUCUUCCCGAUAUUACCGAUGCUCGCAAUCAGGCCAACCCGUCCUCUGUCGAGUUACCCGUCGGCAAUCGCAACUGGACAGCCCUCGAAACACUCGCAGAGGUAUCAAGACAGAUUGAUCUGAGCGAAAAACAAGAUGAUCGAACCCAACAUAAUCACAGUGCCGACCCGCGGCCUGAGGAGACACCAAGGAUUGAUCGAUUUGAGCUACAAGAACAAUGGACUCCAGACAACCCUCCACUUAGCUAUGAAGCCCGUGUCCAACGCGAUAAGAAACUCUUGAGCCAGAAACUUACCCCUCGUCGAGAUAGCGAAUCUACACUCCCUCCCGUCAACUUUGCCCAAGAAAAUGCCCCGUCGACGUCCCCACCCCCGCCACUGAACAUGGCGGCCGCAACUAGCAUGGCUGUUGCAGCCUCGGCCAGAUUCACAUCGUCUAUGGUCGACCCACAGCUGUUCGGCGAAGGCCUUCCACAGGAGAUCUCAGAAAGUCUUGCGUCGGACAUAAACAGCCUGAAAGACAGCACUAUAAGCGACCAAUAUUUCGUCCAUCGUCCAGCAGAUCAGCCAACUUGGCCGAUGCUGGAUGGAUCCGGCGGAAACAUGUACCCAGACCCAGAAGGGUUCGAAAGCCACGUAGAGGAGCCUAGAGCCCAGCAGCAGCAGAAUUUCCCUCGGGCCAUCGCCAUUAACACGGGCAUGACAACGGAAUUCAGUGCUGAGUAUGGAAAUGGCCAAAGAGCUAAUAAGCCAAAGGUCCGGGGCAGAUUCACUCCAAACCGCAGGAAGGAGGUACAGGAAGUCCGUAAAAGAGGGGCCUGCAUUCGCUGCAGAAUGUUGAAGAAGCCUUGCUCCGGAGAGACCCCGUGCAAUACAUGCCGAAAUGUUGAAAGUGCGCGCUUAUGGAAGCAGCCAUGUAUGAGAACCCGCCUUGCCGACGAAUUGGACAUGUAUUCUGCUGGUCUACAUGCUGUUCUCGCGUACCAUGAGGUCAACGCCGUGAAAAGCCGCGUCAACUUCACAGCAUCUGUAAAUCAGAUCGAGGCCUCUCAUUAUCCGGAAACAAACAUAUACGCGGGAUUCAACGCUCUAGAGGGACAAGAUUUGCCGUCAGAGAAGAAUAUCGACCCGAUCCUAGGCCUGAAUAUAGAUUUCACCAGCGAGAGUCUUCGGAUCCUCGAUAAUGACAAUGAUGAUCUGCCAAUGAAAAUUGAAGGGUAUGCGCAGCGGAUGUCCCCAAUAUUCUUCGAAAAAGAGCCUUCACAUUUCAUGAACGUCACGCUCAGUGUCGCCAUGGAACUCUCCAUCCAAAAGCAGGAUAGCCUUUUGAGUCGCGCCCUCGAGCUCUGGGCCACGGUGCACAUCCUUGUCGACCACGAGUUGAAAUGGAGCUUAUCGGAACGCAGAACCAUGGGCGAUGAAACUUCAGAAAGCCAUCCCAUCGAUCCGCAAGGAACUACUUACCAGCUGCUCUGCAUGCAGCUCAGCGCGGCAGUGGAGAAGAAAGCUGCACAGACCAGCAAACUUGUUUUGAACGACCUCGAACGACGUCUGCUCCAGCGCUCUUCUACCUCAUCCUUCGAGACAUUCCUUGUCGCGAUCAUCCUCUUGAAUUGCGUCGAGAAGUCGACAUGGCUCUUCAAGUCCUGGGAACAAGACUACCUGAAGGCUCGCUGGCCGCUCGACAAGACACCGAUCUGGUAUGGGAGCCAGGGCGAUCGCAUCACGGAUAUGCUACAGAUGUUGCUGCGGAUGCGGAAUAUUCCACCAAAGACCUAUGCGAGGAUGCCGGACGGGAUACUGGCCACGGAAUUGGAUUCGACGGUACAAAACUACUUUGAGAAACUUAAUCUGAGCCAUGCGGAGGUUCUCGAUAAACAAAAUAAUGCAACAUUCGACCCUGCGGAUUCAAGGUGCUACGAGUUGCGGUUCUGCUCUAAGCUUCUACUGCCCAUGGGCUAGUGGCAUACUUGCAUGGAGAUACAAAGUAUUUGCCAUCAGCAACGAAAUUAUGACCACAUACCCAGUUUAUGCCUCAAGUUUGGGCCGAUAGCGCGUGAGUCGGUGCUGUAAUCAGCAAGUUCUUAGACGCCAUUACGAAUAUUGGGCCAAUUGUAAAUAGAAAGGCCUCAAAUCCCGGAGCUGGAGGAUUAUUGUCACGGUGGAGUUUGGGGUGGAGUGAUUUGGGUGGGUUUGCUGUGCUUGAGCGUUGUUUUGAGGUUGGGUUUGGGGGAGGUCUGCAGUCCAUUCAAUUUUUUACAGCCUGGUAUUAUUGCACUUGCUCCAUUUGCUAGCUUGGACCUAUCUACAUAUCAAUGAUGUGUAUAAAUACUUCAAGCUGAUAUUGGAGUUUUAAGACAUCUGCAACGUUAUAUGUAGCAUAGAUCAAGUCAAGAAUGAUAGAUUUACUGCAGUGAUCCAACCCUUGCAGACA